GUUCUGCUCAUUGACAGUCGAGAGUUUUAGAGAAGUGACGCGAAGGAAAGGACCUCCAGCGUUGCUCUUCAUGGCAGCCAGCACACCACUUCCAUGUGAGGGUGAAGCCUCGAACAUUUGCCCUGGGCUGUCGUGGUCUUGUUCUGCUCAUUGACAGUCGAGAGUUUUAGAGAAGUGACGCGAAGGAAAGGACCUCCAGCGUUGCUCUUCAUGGCAGCCAGCACACCACUUCCAUGUGAGGGUGAAGCCUCGAACAUUUGCCCUGGGCUGUCGUGGUCUUGUUCUGCUCAUUGACAGUCGAGAGUUUUAGAGAAGUGACGCGAAGGAAAGGACCUCCAGCGUUGCUCUUCAUGGCAGCCAGCACACCACUUCCAUGUGAGGGUGAAGCCUCGAACAUUUGCCCUGGGCUGUCGUGGUCUUGUUCUGCUCAUUGACAGUCGAGAGUUUUAGAGAAGUGACGCGAAGGAAAGGACCUCCAGCGUUGCUCUUCAUGGCAGCCAGCACACCACUUCCAUGUGAGGGUGAAGCCUCGAACAUUUGCCCUGGGCUGUCGUGGUCUUGUUCUGCUCAUUGACAGUCGAGAGUUUUAGAGAAGUGACGCGAAGGAAAGGACCUCCAGCGUUGCUCUUCAUGGCAGCCAGCACACCACUUCCAUGUGAGGGUGAAGCCUCGAACAUUUGCCCUGGGCUGUCGUGGUCUUGUUCUGCUCAUUGACAGUCGAGAGUUUUAGAGAAGUGACGCGAAGGAAAGGACCUCCAGCGUUGCUCUUCAUGGCAGCCAGCACACCACUUCCAUGUGAGGGUGAGCUCGAGCCCCAUCGGAGCUAAUAUAUAUCAAAUAUUUGAGUUUCCAUAUUCACCGGCAGAGCUGUAAUCUUGUACACUCAGUUUGGUCACUAGUGCACAUCGAACACCUCUCUACUCUCUCAGUUCGAAUUCGCAAAAGAGUGCAAGAAGUCUUAAGUUUUCUUUGGGUGAGCUGGUCCUGCGGAUCGAGGAGGGGGCCUCCUGUAGUCCCGGUCACGUUUCGCUCACGCAUGUAAAGCAGCAAACGGUUCUUCCUCUGUGAGAGAGAGAGUGGAGGAGAGAAUGGAAAGUGCAGGUGCGUCCAUCGUCAGGGAUCCUGCUGAACUUGCGACAGGGGGGAUGGACUCCGCAGACGAGGAACUGAAGCUUCCUUCCGCUGUUCAGGACCUUAUACGGAAGCUGGAUAACAAAACCGAGCCUUUACGGUGGCUUCCCACAUUAACCUAUCCACAAUUUCAGGAUUUUUUUCCGCAGCGUGCAUUGCUUUCGACUAUCACAGGGUGGCAAAGCCAAGUUCGCCUUCGAGUGCUGGAGGCAAUCGGCAGCUGCAACACCCUUCAAUAUCUGGACGUUCAGGAUAUUUUUAGCGGAGAUAUUUCGAGGCUAAAGGCUAACGAGUGGGAGGUACUUCUGAGGGGUUUUAGCUGUAGCACCCAUCUACGAGUGAUAAGAGUUGAAAGAUUGACAUGGACCUCACUUGCGGAAUUGGAGAGCUUGUGUUUACAGCUGGGGGGAAUUCUGAGAACCUCUAGUGUAACAGAUAUGAGAAUUGGCGAUUGCAGAUUGAGUGAUAGAUGUUUCUUGAAUCUCGCAUCAAGACUGGGAGGAAAUUACCAGUCUAAACUCAAGACUUUAGAACUAUGUAAUGCAUGGAAGGACUCGAGUGCGAUGAAGCAUAUGGCUGACAUGAUCAAGAGUGCUACUCGAUUAGAAACUUUGGAAAUAGGGGGUUCGUGGGAGCGCAUGUACGACAUGGAUGAGGAGGCCGCUAGAAUCCUGUCGCAGGCUUUAAUCCAGAGCUCAUCCUUGAGAAAAUUGGUUCUAAGGGAGGUGAAGGGCGAAGCGUCGACCUUCUUGCUGAAGGCCUUCAGCAAGAAGGCAUUGGAUGGAGAUGGCGGCAAUCAAGCUAUUCAAUGUCUUCAUCUAAUUUCUGUGUUUGGACUCGGAGACUCUUUACGAGAACUUCUGAGCUCCAACUCAUACUUGGAGGAAGUGACGUUGGCAGCCAUCGACAUGCGUCCCGAAGAAUGGAGCCGACUGGGCCAAGCCAUACGCGAGAAUGCUACAGCAAAAUCUAUUCGCGUAACCCAUUUCAUGCGUCAGAAAGAUGACUUGAAGGGAGUAGAAGAGCUUGUGUGUGCUGCUAGCUCAGAUGAUAAGGACCCCAAAGUGGAGCUGAUUAUCACAUUUUACGAUUACGAUGCAUUGAUCUCAGCACUCAACUUUGUGGGUGAGGUAUUGCGCGGAGAAAUCAGAUCUCUAGAAUCUUUGAUUCUAUAUUUCAAUUGUUCUUGCCCUCCAGGCAGCAACGAAAAUAGAAUGCCAAGUAUCGUCCCAAUGGAUGAAAAUCUUAGAGACACUACAGUCCUGAAGAGACUGAAAUUAUUUUUCAAAAAGAAAGAUACUUUGAAGGGAGUAUGGAAGUACCUGCUUGUGUGCUUGCGAAAUAACACAAGUCUCACUCAAUUGGAUUUGUCUGACUCUGAACUCGAUGACGAGGCGUUCAGAGACCUGAUGGGGCUACUUCAAAAGAACUUGACUCUCCGGGCGAUAGAAGUCUCAGGAACCUCAUGGCAAACGGACGGAAAGGCGGCGCUGAUUCAACAGGCCCUCGAGCAGAACCGGAAGCGGGCAGAAUACAUGGCCGUGUUCCGAGAAGCCAGAUUAGCGUUUGGAGAUGCAAAAGUCGGUCGACUCUUUUUAUGCGGCUCUCCUCGAGCAGGCAAGACUCAAUUGCGUCAAACCCUGAUGAGGAUAGUUCAAGGCAAAAGUUGGCUUGGGAACAAAGUGGCGAGGUUGUUCAGAACUACAGGAAUUGAAGUGGAGUUUUUACAAAACAAUGAGGAGAGGCAAAUUUCAAUUUGGGAUCUUGCGGGACAAGAGAUUUUUCGUACUCUUCAAAAUGUGCUUUUUCCUCCAACUAGCAGUUUUUGUAUUUUUCUCUUUGUGUUUAGUCCUUUCUGUCACAAAACAUCUUUGAUUAAACCAGCAUCUUGUCUUCAGAUAGAGUUGGAGGAAUGGUUGAGUUUCAUCACAUCCUGCACGAGGGUCACGGGAGAUAAUCUUCCACAAGUUCUUGUUGUGAUUUCACACAAGGAUAAAAUGCAAUCCAUUCCUUUGACGUGGGCUCAACCAAUAGUGGAAAAUCUGUCAAAACAAUUUGCAAAUUUUGUGGAUGUCCAUCCUAUUCAAGAGCGUUUUCAUAUAAAUGCUCGAAAGAAGAAGCAAGUUGUUCCUCUCAAAAAUCACAUUUUUCAAAUAUUUGAAAAGUUGUUGAGUGAAAGGUCCCCACAGGUUCCUAAAUUGUGUUUUCAACUCUCCUCUGACUUGGUUACAAACACCAAGAAUCACUCAAGUUGUCCUCUUUGGACAUCUCAACAAUUUCAUGAAUUCUGUACCCCUAGGUUGAGAAAACUCAUUCCAUCUUCUCCUCCUCUCUUCGUUGAGAGAAUAAUUAGUUCCAUCAAAUCCUAUUUGAAUGACGUUGGAUCUAUAGUUCAUAUUCCCAAUCUUGAUUAUAUCAUCGUCAAUCCAAAUUGGCUCACGAAUACAUUAUUGGGUGAGCUGAUAGCUUUUGGUCAAAAUUUUCAAGCUCAAGAUUCUGAGUCUUCUGAUAGAUGGAGCUCAUACACAAGCAAGGACGGAUUUGUGAGUGAGAGUGUCUUUGCUCGGUUGAUAGAAGAGUUUCUAGAAAAGCAACCACAUGGACAGAGAAGUGUGGACAGAAAGGUGCUUGAAAACAUCCUUAUCAAUUUGGAUUUAUGUUUCAAGCUCGAAGAUACUUCUCAGUAUUUUAUUCCCUCCUUCAUACCUGAGCAUGCAAGCAUGGAAGAAGAGUCGGCCGUACAGUCGAUGGCUUGGAAAACUUGGAAUGAGACUUCAAAGUUUGCGGGCAUGCGGAUUCAAUGCCAAGAUGCAAGAACAAUGUCACUGACCGCAGCUUUUUUUCCAUGCUUCCAGAUGUUCAUGAGACGCAAGUUGAUAUCGGAGAUGGGUUUUUCCAAGGAGACUGUGACCUGCUCUCGAUAUUCUCUGCAUCUUUUCCUUGACGGGCAUGAAAUUUAUGUGGAGCAAGACAAGUCGCACAAAUACGUGGAUGUUCUGAUGUUAUGCUCGAGUCAUCAGCCAAGGGAGAGGGCUACUAAAUAUGUGAUGAAGCAUAUCAUCCAGGAGUUGAUAUCAUUUUGCGCAUCAUCGAAAGGUUGUCCCGGGGUGGCUUUAGUGUUGCAUGUGAUCCAAACACGUUGCGUGAAGAUGUUGAUUCCAAGUAAUCUCAGAGGAGCCAUUUCGAUCGAGGAGCUGAAAGCAAAUUACAUUCGUCGCAUCAAUGAGAAACUUGAAGAAAUGUCGUUGGAAAGGAUGGAGGAGCAAGAGUUGUUACACUAUGAGCACUGUUGGCGUCCGAUUAAAGGCCACUUCAGCUGGGAUAACGAACGAGCAAGGGAUUUGUUGUGGGAGAGUGAUGUGGAAGCAGUUGUGGAUGAGAUUCUACAGAAUGGAAUCCAACAAUUAGAGUCAUUGCAGGAAGGUCUAAUUACAGUGAAUUAUGAUUUGGCUGAGUGUUAUGCUGAAGGUGAAAACAUGAUUAGCGGCUCCAAUGCCCCCAAAAUGAAAGACCUCAAACCACUUUCAUUCAUUCAUAGCAUCGUGCAAGGAGUGGACAUGAAAAUACAACACAUACUCUCUGUGCAACAAGAACUGCAAGGAGUGGACAUGAAAAUACAACACAUACUCUCUGUGCAACAAGAACUGCACUCAACGUUGAGUGACUUCAUGUUUAAGGUGGACAGGAUCAUUGGCUAUCGACAAGCGUUUCAGCAGGUAAAAACGCCCAAACGACCCUAUGUUACGGAUGAUGUGGGAAUUUUAUAUAAGUUGAGUGCAGGUCUGCAUGUUGGGAGAAUUGUUCGAUUACACUUGAUGUGUGAGUCGGUGACUGGGUUUCACACUGUCGAAGAUCAAGAAGGGUUGAAGAUACGAUUGGAUUUGGAGAAGUGGGGGUGGAUUCAGAAAACUAUUGAAAUUUCAUACAAAGUCAUAUAUUAUGCUGCAAAGGCUGGACUGGAUGGAACCCUCGGGAUAGUACAAGCGAUUCCGGCUUGGGCAGAUUUGGAAUCGGAUAUUGUUAAACUGGAUGGUAUUAGCCGUGAAGAUCGCAAGGCAGUUCUAAAAGGUGGGGAAAGCAAGGAGCUGAAUGAAGCAUGGCUGAGGAUUCAACAAAUUCUUGCGCUUGAGCUUCAAAAGCGCUAUUCCAAAAUCUUCAAGUUGUAUCAGGUGAAGUACGUGAGUUUAAAAAAAGGUGGGCAUGCAUGGGUGUGCGAAGAGUGCAUGAAUAAAGGCCUUUGUAGUAGAAGUUUGAUAUGUUAGGAUUUAGAACAGGUUAGAAUGCCAUUAUGCAAUUGACAAGCAUAUCUUUAGACCCUCAUGCAAUAUACAACUCUGCAAAUUCUUCCUUGCAGAUUUCACAAGGAAGAAGUCUUCUAUAAUUUUUGCCAUCAUGUCAAUCGCACAGUUAUGUUUCUGAAGAAGUUCAGUGUUUGG